AUCUCCUUUACCCCAUUUCUUCCAACACAACUUCUCACUCCCUCCGUCAAUGGAGAAAACCCUAGCGACUUCCCACACCAAACGCUCCUCUCCGUCGCCUUCCACCGCCGUGAACGCACUCCCCGUCCGUUUCAGUCGCAGAACCAGACAGAGAUUGUUAGAUGCAACGACGAGUGUAAGCGAGAGCGACGUAGAAGAUGAUGAUGACGAAGGAGUUGAGGAGAAGAUUGAGACUCUUCAGACAAUAGUUCCCGGAGGAACGGAGCUCGAAGUCGAGGAGCUGUUUGAAGAGACGGCGAGUUACAUUUUGGCUUUGCAGUGCCAGAUCAAUGCCAUUAAAGUUAUCACUGCGUUUCUUGAGCGUUGUGACAAGAAUGAUGAUAUGAAGUUUGGAGGUUGAAGAUUAACACACAAAAAAUUGUCACUCUUUCUUUAUUUAUUUAAAUUUACUUUUUUAUAUAUAUAUUUAUUUUUGGUUGUGACUCACUUGCUCCUAGCUUGAGUUCAUAAUUUGUUUUUAUCUGAUGUUUUAAGUAUUUCGAAUAUUGCAGAAACCGG